UUGGAUGGACAAACUCUUCGGGACUCAAACGAAUGUGCCAGAUUCGGCUGCUCCGUCUCGACGUCUGCAGACUGGACACUCGGGCAGAAGCUUCAUUUACAGACUGUAAGAUCUGGAGCCGACAUGUUUCUUCCUGUUCAGUCGAGCUCUUCUGCAUCUCCGGACGUCAACAUGUGUGGCACUGAAUGUUCAGAUUGA